GGUGUUCCGAAAUUUCUCGCGCAGAUCACACUUCACACAUUUUCCUUUCGCUGGCAAUCAUCAUCAGAAGAAAUCCGCGAACAGCGAAAAAGUAGCCGCCGGGUCGUACGAUAUUCCUCUUCUCUGGUCGGAGAAGCGCGUGUGUUUUGCUGCUUUCUGUCGCUUCUGGUUUGGUUCGGUCCGUGAAAAAGUGAACUGCAAGUGCCGCGCCUGCCGUCUGCCACCGAAACGAAAUGAACACCCGUGGAUUGCUCCAGAGAGGUUUGCGGAUUAUCAAUGGAAAGAAGAUUCUGGUAGCUACGAGCACCGCCCGGCAGUUCAGUUCCGCUGCCACUGGGGGCGUUGUGGGGUAUGGUUGCUGCACGCAUUGCCGGCCACUUGAUGGCGGUUCGCCAUCUGCGGCCCUGUUUGCCAACGAGAAGCAGCGGAAUAAAGGAACCACUAUCGUCCAGACGAGGUCGAUCAGCACCAGUAACGUGCUGUUGAAGAAGGAUUACUACAGUGUAUUGGGAGUGGCCAAGAACUCAUCGGCUAAGGAAAUCAAGAAGGCCUACUACCAGCUGGCCAAGAAGUACCACCCGGACACAAACAAGGGCGAUCCGGAUUCGAGCCGAAAGUUUCAGGAAGUUUCCGAAGCGUACGAGGUGCUGAGUGAUGACACCAAAAGGCGGGAGUACGACACGUACGGACAGACUUCGGAACAGAUGGGCAGAGCUGGCAAUGGUCCGGCAGGUCACGGGCCACAAGGUUUCUCGCAGAACUGGCAGUUCCGCAGUACGAUCGAUCCAGAGGAGCUGUUCCGGAAGAUUUUCGGCGACGGUGGAUUCAAGGCCGGUUUUGAAGAUUUCUCCGAUUCGCGGUACGGAUUCGGCGGUGCCCAGGAGGUGAUGAUGAAUCUGACGUUUGCCCAGGCGGCUCGCGGCGUGAAUAAGGACAUCGACGUCAACGUGGUGGACACUUGCCCGAAAUGUACGGGAUCGCGUUGUGAACCGGGUACCAAGCCGGGCAAGUGCCAGUACUGUAACGGAACUGGCAUGGAGACGAUUUCGACUGGGCCGUUCGUGAUGAGAUCCACCUGUCGGUACUGUCAGGGAACGCGAAUGUACAUCAAAUAUCCGUGUUUGGAAUGCGGCGGCAAAGGACAAACCGUGCAGCGGAAGCGGGUAACCGUUCCGGUGCCGGCCGGCGUCGAGGAUGGACAAACGGUGCGGAUGAGCGUUGGCAACAAGGAACUGUUCAUCACAUUCAACGUGGAGAAAAGUCGUUACUUCCGCCGGGAUGGUGCCGAUGUACACACCGAAGCUAACAUUUCCCUCUCGCAAGCGGUUCUCGGCGGCACGAUACGGGUGCAGGGCGUGUAUGAAGAUCAAACCAUCCAGGUGACACCCGGUACAUCGUCACAUACUCGGGUCUGUCUCCGCGGAAAGGGUCUCAAACGGGUCAACAGCUAUGGAACGGGUGAUCACUAUGUUCACCUGAAGAUUCAGAUUCCUGCCAAGCUGAACAACAAGCAGAAAGCGCUGAUACAGGCCUACGCGGAGCUGGAAGAAGACACCCCCGGGCAAAUAAUGGGCGUUACAUUCAAAACAGACGGUAAGUCCUCUUCUGGGUCUGGUUCGUCCAGCUCGUCGUCAUCCUCUUCGGCCUCGUCCGCGUCCGCAUCCGCGUCUGGGACCUCCGCGUCCUCAUCGUGGUCCUCGAACUCGUCAUCCCGUUCCAAGGCAUCGGCGUCCCAGGAGGAGGAAUCCAUCUCGGACAGGUUCACGCAGCGUCCGAAGGAGGAUGACUUCAAGGACUACCAGUCGCACGACAAAACCGGUUCUCGGGAUCACAAAAAGGACCAGCUGGGAGGAUCAAGGUUCUAUUUUGGACUGGGCGUGGCUCUGGUUUUCGUGUGGUACGUGUACUACAGCUACCAGCAAAUUCCACACCAGCUGGAACUGGAACGGGAUGCAGCGUUGGAGAGACAACGACGAACGGUUCAGACUCAGCCACAGCCGCAGAAAAGUCCUUUCGACGAAGCUUGAACCGUGGAGGAUGCUUUUAUCUUAGAGCUAUGAAUGGAUUGUGCUUGUUGUGUUAGAUUAGUAACUGAUCUAACGACGAUUGUUAAGUGGUAUUUUGAAUGCAAUGAGAAGCAGUCGAUAGAUUCCAAGUUCUUCCGGCUGAUUGGCUUGUACAUUUAGUAACUAUUUCUAGGACCUAUUAAACAAUUGACAAAUAAAAAUUGCAUCGAUUGCAUUGGGAACACACA